AUGUUUAACUUACAAACAGGACCGAAAGAAGUAUUUCCAUACAACUACUACAGCAGUGUUUUGUUAGCAAAUGACAACAGAACUGGUGUCAUUUCUGAAGCAUGUAAGUUUAUCCGGGAUGCGGAUACGUUCAUGAAAAACAUAGAUUCCAUCAAAGGUUGCAGAAUAGAUGAAAACCACUUCGACUUAGAAAAGUAUAGCACAUUUUAUUGCAAACAAGAUGUAAGAAUUUUAAGAGAAGGUUUUGUUAAGUUCCGCAAUGAUAUAUUGAAAGAGUUUGAUAUAAACGUUUAUGAUUACGUUAGCCUUUGUUCAAUUGCUAACAAAUUGUUUGAGAACAGAGUAUACUUCCCGAAUGGAAAUCUUUAUGACCUCUCAAAUAAACCAAGAGAAUUUAUUUCGAGAUGCAUUCAAGGUGGAAGAUGUAUGUUGUCAGAUAACAUUAAACAAAAGAGCGAAAAGAAACUCAUUGCUGACUUCGAUGCUGUUUCAUUAUAUCCCUCAGCUAUAGCAAGACUUUAUACUUUAGAAGGAAUUCCAAAGGUUAUGAAGAAAGAAAUGUUAAGCACAGAGUAUCUCAUGAGACAUUUAUUCGAUGACGACCAAAAGGAACCCAUUGGUGAAAAGUUUAUGUCUGGCUUCUUUGUUCUCAUUAAGAUAACAGAGAUUGGAAUACAUAGACACUUUCCUUUAAUAGUUUGUGACCCUGAAC